AAGGAACAAAACUGUCCCUUACAAGAGGGCAGCGCUCUUUAAGUUUCUCAUUAUUCUGUUAUACGUCUGUUUAACGUGCAAGUGUCUAGGAUAUCUUAGUGAAUGUAAUUAAUGCAAUUAGUUCUAAAAAGGAUAAAAAAAUAGUUUCCUUCGUCAAACUAUUUAUGCAAAAAAGAAUGAAACUAUGCUUGGGUAAAUUGUCCGCCAUCGUACCAAGGUGCAAACAUGAAAUUCUUGAGAGUGCCAUGAAAUGAAAUCAUUGAGCCCUUGCAUGUAGCAUUUAACGCUGUCAAUCGAUUGAUUUGUUUGUCAAAUCUUUGAGAAGAAAAUUUGUCAAAAAGAAAUAAAUGAAAAUCUAUAUGUAAAAGUGAAAAAAGAUAGAAAAAAAAAAGAUAUUCACUGACAUAUUUCUCCGAUCUCAUCCCAUUUCAUGUCGUAUGUGAGUGAGUGAACAACGAAUAAAAAAGCAAAAAAAAGUAAAGGAAAUAUUGAUUUUGUACGUUGGAAAACAAAUGUCAAUUUAUAGCAAUAUCUGAAGAUUCAUGAAGAGAUACGAGAAGGGAAGAAAUGUUUGAAAGCGCCGCAAGAAAUAAAUUGUUCAGCAUUAGAACAUGGAAGAAUAAUUUCAAGUGUUAAUGGAUCAUCACCAUGACGAGUAAUGGAGAAAAUUCUUAUUGCUCCAACUAAAGUUAGUUCACC